AAUUGGUUCGCAAUCACCGCUUAUUAAGGAUAAUAUGUCUCAAGACUUAGCCAGAGGUGACUCCAAUCAGGUGAAGACAUCCAUCACUGAUCUCAGACACCACAAGAAGGCGUUGACCCAAGAGUUGAACCAAAUUGUGGACAAAAGCCGUGAUUUGCAGCGAAGACUCGAUGAGAGACGGCUCAAGACAUCGCAGUUGAUGGACACCAGCCAUUCUUUGGACCAACUCUUGUAUUCGCUGAAGAGUGAGUCCAAGACGUUGGAGGACAGGACGACACGACUCGAGACAGAGAUCGCCGAAAGUCGUGAUUGUGUCCAACGAUUGAAACAACAACUCAUUGACAAACGAGUGGAUCAGUCGAUGGCUAUAGAUCACAUGAACUCAGAAGUGGACCAAUUGUGUCGACUCUUCACUAAUUUGACUAAAAUUAACAUUGAGAGACAUCUGAGCGGUGAUCAUAAGAAGACAAUGAAUGCCAGUAUUGAUCCCAAAUUGGCUGCAAUGGACGCAUAUCUGAACCAAACUCGUAACAAACGGGAUAUGAUGAUGCAAGAGUUGUCUAAUCUUUUGAUGGAUUCAAGUGUUGGAAAAGAGACUCAAAUGAGUGACGAAAGCGAUGGCAAUGACAGUGACUGGCCUAUUGAGCAUCGGUUCCUCUCACUCCAAAUCUUCAGAGACGAGAACCGAGUGCUUAGCGAACGCAUCCAAUUCCUCAAGACAUUGGACUAAGACUUUCGUUCAUUCAUUCAAUUUAUCUUAAAUUCAGUCAAUUAUUUCACAUUUAUUAUAAUCAAAUUGUUUCAAAUGAUUUCAUUCGCA